CAGUAACGCUGCGUGAAGUUGAAGUUUUGACCACUUCUUAAGAAAACAAGGAAGCGCUUGUACGUUAUAGCAGCAGAAUGAUUGUCGACUGCAAGAAGUAGCUGUCCGCUGAUUAUCUUAUCAGUGGCGUAUAAGCUAACUAGCUCUCCUGCAGAAAUGGAGGCUGGGAGAAGAGAUGAGAGUCUGGAUGUGAGGGGAGCAGCAGCAGCAGCAGCAGAACCAAGCUUUUCUGGACACCAACAGACCUCUGCAAAGCCGGUUUGGACUUUACUAGAGGAAGCAGCCCAAAUGAAAACGGAAGGGAAUGCUCUCUACAGGGAGAAAAACAUUCGCCCAGCCAUCGGGCGUUAUCACCGAGCUCUGCUGGUUCUCAGAGGCCUCGACUCUGAUGUGAUGGCGUCAGUGAAAGGGUUUGGACCUGAGAUACCUGCUCUCGCACCUGAACAGGAGGCUUUUCUGAGAAACACACAAGUGGACUGCUACAACAACUUAGCUGCCUGUUUGCUGCAGAGACAGAGGGUUGACUAUUCUCGUGUGCUGGACUACAGCCUGCGGGUGCUGAAGUGGCGACCAGGUGAUGUCAAAGCAAUGUACAGGGCAGGAGUAGCCACUCUGGAGAUGGGAGAUGCACAGACUGCCAAACAAUACCUCACCCAGGCCUGCAGAGAGCAGCCUAAUGAUGCCAAUGUUAGGAAACAUCUGCAGAGGGCUGAGGAAAAACUGAAUCAAGAGUUGCAAAAAGAGAGGGCCAUGUACCGAGGCAUGUUUUCCACCAGCCUGAAGAGCAGCUCCGGAGAAGGGAUUAACCAAACCAACAGAGCUGGUGAAGGAGUUUGAGCCUGCCAGCUCAACCCACCAAAUGAAGCCUCAAACUGAGAGAGCGUGUUGAUCCUCAACUGAUCACCAACUGAAGAAUGUUGACACAUCUUGAAUAAUGUUGCUUUGUCUCCUUUAGGUGAGAAUAGGAAAGUAAGAACUGUAAUUAUACAGACUACUGGGAAGCAGUCAAUAGGAAACUAAAGAUGUCACUGCUGAAAAUAGAAAGAAGAGGAUGGGAAAGUUAGUUUCCUAGCAACACAGAAGCAGAGCUGUAUUUCAGUUUGGAUAUUUCAGAAAAAUGCCACUGAAAGCUAAAAUGAGACUCGUCAUGCACUACUGAUUAUGCCUUCAUGAUUACAGGUGUCUGGUCAGUGCUGUGAAUGUUGAUUAUGUGAGUUUUCAAGUAAAAUAUUUUUUUAUAAAUAACAUCCAAGCUC